GGCCCUAAGAAUUUCGCUACCAAUAGCACCAUACCCUACCUACUUCAUCUUCAUCUAUUCACUAUGCGACCAAAUCAAUCCUAUUCAGUCUCAUCAGAGAAUUCAAGCUUUAGCUCUCUACAUCUUCCUAGUGAUCCUUCACAAGCUCACACUCAUCCGAGAACCCCUUUGUCGGAUGCGGUAAAACAAUACAAUGGUGCCAUCCAUCAAUGGACCCUUCAAAGCUUGGCCGCGAGACAAAUCUCAACUGAUCAGGACUCCAAUGCACAUCUUAAAGUUCCGAUCUCGCUGUCUACUCGGAAAAAUCUAUAAUUUGAACAUUACAAAGGUUUCAAGCACCUGCUGCGUUUCGACUCUGCAAAAUUUUCAUGACUCUUUGCACAAUUCAAUGGACAGUGCUCUAUCAGUUUUCUUACUCCUACUAUGCUUUGUAUUUCGUAUCCACGAUGAUCGCAUGUUUUUCAUUUUACUCAGAUAUGACAACCAUGCAUUUCUCACUUCCACUCACACAGUUUUCCACAGACAUCAUUAGAAUUUUCUAUGUGAAUAUGUUUUUAAGCAGACAACCUUACUCUCGUGGCACUAGAUUUUUCUUUUCCUUUAUUAAAUCAUUUCGAUUAAACAUGCUGUUUUUACGAUGUACACGCCUUCACACCUAGCAUUUGUAACCAGUGAUUUUGACCGGUAGCGAAUCCGGGCAUCAGGCUCCUUACAUUAAGUCAAAUUGCUUCAAUUGAAUG